CGGGCAACGCGGACGGAAGCGGCGAAAGAAUGAAAACAGCAGACAGGGUGGCACCUUUUUCCUGGAUUUUCUUCUCCUUAGUUUUGAUUUCGUGCUCUGUAGUCUUUUCUGCUGCCGAUGAACCCUCCAUAUUUGUUGCUCAGCCUAUUACGUUGCAACUAUCUUCUGGGUUGCCUGUGGAAAACUCACCCGGUUCUAAACCUGGUGAAGUAAUGGUUUGCCAAAGGAUUCACAUCUAUGACCUAUCAAGGCUUCAGGAUCUUAGUAAGUAUGCUCAUUCAGUAAAAGCUGUGGUGAAAGAUGCACGAGCGAAUUCAAGAGGUCGUCUACCAAAUAUUGAGGUUUGUUUCCAUAGAAAUAGGUCUCUUGGAAUAGGCAUGUGCACUGAAGGCGAGUGGGAAAAACUUACCAAGGGUUUGUGGAUUCGAGCUAUGCCACCUUACAUGAACAAUCUUCUAGAUAUUCGGAUGCCUGGUCCAUCCUUCGAAGUGCUUGAGGUGUCCAUUGAAGAAGAACUUUUGCUGUAUCGUGUGAUUUUUUUGGUCUUGGGCAUUGCUCUGAUGACACUGGCACCUGAUCUUAGCAUGUCUAUAAUGUUCUACUAUAGCAGUGCAAUGGCUGUUGGCAUCAUCCUUGUGAUUCUGAUGAUUCUUUUUCAGGGGAUGAAGCUGCUUCCUACUGGUCGAAAGAAUUCACUGGGAAUUUUUAUAUACUCGUCUAUUGUUGGUUUGGGAUCUUUUCUUCUAUACUAUUUGCGGGGUUUGUCCCAUUCAAUACUUGUGGAGAUGGGAAUCACCAAAGACAUGUACAAACCUUUGGUCAUAUUUUUGCUGGUGUGCAUUGUUCUAACUGGAGCUUGGCUGGCUUUCUGGGCUGUACACAAACUUGUCCUGACAAAAGAUGGAUCUAUUGAUACUAGUAUUGCUCAUCUUGUUGCAUGGUCCAUCCGGAUAUUUGCUGCUAUUAUGAUAUAUCAGAGUUCCCUGGAUCCCAUUUUAGCAGCAGAGGCACUGGUAUCGGGAAUAAUUAUCUCAUCGACAAUGAGGAGGAUUGUGAAGUCAAGAUUCAUCAGUGACCUGUACAAGCGAAAAUUUAGGACAUCGAAAAAUAAGCGCAGAAGAUUCCAGAUCCAAGACUCACCUGCUGAGGACUCAUGUGAUGAAUACGUAUGCAGGACUGAAAGGUUAGCAGAGUCUGAAUCAUAUGGGACUCUAACCAAACCAUUCACUCUAGCCUCCUGCAAUUCUCCUCUCAAAGAUCUUUCAGGUGUGAGCAACGCAUCAUGGUCUUCAGAUUCAGAGACGUACUAUUCUACCUUCCACCAGAUACCUCAAAGGCAACGAUACCCAAAAGAUGAGUUGGAUAGUGUCACAAAGGAUUUCACAAAAAAAGCUUUGGAAGAGUUGUUUUCGUCACCUGACUUCAACAACUGGGCUGUAGCCCAUGCUGAAAGGAUCACUUUGACUCCCUCCAAAGACCAGAGCAGUACCUCUGAGAGGCGACGGGGGUGGUUCAGCUGGUUUAAGUGAUUAAAUAUUGUAUUCCACCUCAACGACCGCAAAGCUGAUCCAAGGUCUCGAAAGAGUUUCCCUGAUUGUAAUUUUUGUA